GAACCAGUGAUCCCUAUGUCAAGUUCAAACUUGGAGGAAAGGAAGUAUUCAGAAGUAAAACAAUACACAAGAACCUCAAUCCUGUGUGGGAAGAAAAAGCUUGCAUUCUUAUAGAUAACCCAAGAGAACCAUUGUAUAUAAAGGUCUUUGACUAUGACUUUGGACUUCAAGAUGACUUUAUUGGUUCGGCAUUUUUGGAUCUCACUGCAUUGGAAUUAAACAGGCAAACAGAUGUUACCUUGAGCCUGAAGGAUCCUCAUUACCCUGACCAUGAUCUGGGAAGUAUAUUGUUAUCAGUUCUGUUGGCUCCUAAAGAAGACCAGCGAGAAGCGACAAUGCUAAUGAGGAAGAGUUGGAAAAGAUCAAGUAAG